AACUGGAAGUCUCCCAGAAGCUUGUGGAGAAGACUGUCUUAUUGGAGAAUAGAAUCUCGGAUUUGAAUGCUGAGGUGGAAGAGUAUAAGCUUAAAUUGAAGGGAAUGGAAGAAUCCUGUGAAUCUCUCCUGGCAUAUAAGUCCAGUCUGAUUUCUUAUAUAGAGAGUAUGAUUGGCAACUUUUACAAACUCAUGGGGAAGAACGAUACUUCUCAGCAUUUGCUUAAUGAUGAAUAUGUGGAUCUUGAAAAAGAACAUGUCAAAGUGAGGAAUGCAGUAGAUAUGCAUGUCUUGCACAAGCAGGAAAAGUUUGAGAAGGAAAAGCUGGAAUAUCAGUUAAAUGUCUUUCAGCAAAGACUGGAAAGCCUGGUGAGCAGUUAUAAGGGAUUAAAAGGUGAUUACUCGGAUAUGAAGGAGGAGAGAGAAUCCUUGAUCUUGAGCAUCCAGAAUCUGCAGCUUGAUUUGAACAGAGAGAUUGAGGAUCAUUACAAUUCUGUGCAGUUGAGUAGGACCCGGUUAGCUGAUGUGGAGUGCCAGAUCAUUCACCUGCAGCAAGAAGCUCGGAGCAAAGAUACAGAAUGUGAAGAGGAACUGGAAAAAGCUUUGGACUCUCACAUGCAGAUCUUCAUUUUGCAGAAAUUCCUGGAGGAUCUGCGGGAGAAGUAUUUCUCACUCUCACUCAGAUAUCAUACUCUAGUAGACGCAUGGCAAUUCUCACAGAAGCAAAUUUCUUACUUGGAGAGUGAAAAUCUUGAACAUCUGGCCGAGCUCAAACUUUUGUCUGAUGAAAUGACUGUAGAACGAUUGGCAUUGUAUCGGAUUUCAAAGACUCUUGAGAUCUGUUCGUGUCAAGAGUUUGAAGACCAUAUGGAUUUUGACCAUGAUUAUAUACGGAAUACUCUGACAAAGAUUAGAGAUCUGCAAGAAUCCUUUUCUAAGUUAGAAGAGGAAAAUCUCCGGGUGGUUUUCGAAAAAUCAGUCCUAUAUUCACUGCUCAAGCAAGUGGAACUAGAGGCCACAAAGCUUGCAAUAGAACGAGAUGCCCUUCAUCAAGAGCUAAAAAUCAAAUCUGAGAACUUCGAUGUGUUGAACUAUGGCCUGCAAAAGGUUAUAGAUACAAAUGAAGAAUUGAAGCUGAAGUUCUCAGAGGGAAUCAACAAUGAAAAAGUGCUGAAAUCCGAAAUAUUGAGAGCAAUCGAGAAUGAGAAGCUAGAGGUGCUGAAAAAGCUGGAGGAUUUGAAAAUAGAGUAUGCUGAUAUCAACAUAGGACGAGAGCAUCAACAGAAGCAGAUUCUCAGACUGUCUAAAGAUUUGAGUCAUUGGACCAGAGAGGCGAGAUUUCUUCAGGAAGCAAAAUGGAAAUUGGAGGCUGAGCUGAUAACCUCCAAGAUUGAUGAAGCAUUUCUCAAGGAGGAAAUUCUUGAGCUCAAUGAAGCCCAUCAAAGUGCAAGUGAAGUGAGACGUGUGGAGAUUGAACAGCUAAAAGAAACAAUCAUUGCUUUGGAAGGAGAAAAUGGCGGACUGAAAACUCAGCUUGCUUCUUACGUUUCAGGAGUACUUUCUUUGGCGGAAUGUAUUUCUUCAUUGGAAAAUUGUACGACUGUCCAUAAAGAUAUUUACAAGUCCAAGAGAGAAGUUGUCAAGGAAAUCAACAUGAUGACACAACAACAAUCUGGGAUUUCUGAAUCUGUUGGAAAUACAAGAUUGAUGGUGCCAGAUUGUUUUUCUGCAAUGCAGGACCUGCAAUUAAGAAUCAAGGUAAUUGGAGAUACGCUGCUGAAAGUUGAGGAUCCGACUGUUCUGGAAAUCUUGAGUUCGAAUGCCAAAUUGGAGGAGUUGGAAUCUACCAGAUCUCAGAAACAUGUCCCAAGAAAAAAAGAAAAGGAAAGACGUGGUGAUGGACCUGAUAAUGACAUGAAGAUACGCAAAGCAACUCUUCAGAUGUCUCUGACUGAGAAUGAGCUUCUGACUAAAGACAUCAUGCUCGACCAGAUUUCCAAACAUUUGCCCUAUGGGGCUCGUAGGACUGACUCAGUUGAGGCUGAAGAUCGAAUGCUUGAGCUGUGGGAGACCAGCGACUCAAGUGGGAUUAUCGAUCUUAAAGUCGGGAAAGCUCACAAGACCUUUGAUAUGCCCAACGACUAUUACUUUGUCGAAGCAGAUAAGGAACAGAGGUCCUGUAACCCUUCUGGAGAGUCACCUGAUGAGAAGGAUCUCAGCGUUGAUAAAUUAGAGAUACCCGAGAGCUUGACAGAACCUCGUCGAGCAAGGAUCAAGAGGAAAAUAUUAGAGAGGCUUAACACUAAUGCUCAGAAGCUGACAAACCUGCAAAUAACAGUGCAGGAUCUGAGGAGGAAGGUGGAGAACACAGAGAAGAACAGAAUGGAAAAAGGCCUCGAGUACAGCAAUGUGAAGGAGCAGCUGGAAGAAGCUCAAUCGACCAUCAACAAAUUAUCCGACUCAAAUAAUAAGUUGAUUAGAAAUGCUGAGAGGCGCUUAUCUUCCUGUGACAGCAAAUCCACCAGAGAUCCAGAUGAUCGUGGUUGUGCGAGGAGGCUGAUCUCAGAGCAGGCUCGAAGAGGGUCUGAGAAAAUCGGGAAGCUUCAGUUGGAAGUGCAGAAGAUACAAUUCCUUUUGCUGAAGAUGGAUGAUGAAAAAGAGUGCAGAACAAGAACCAGAGUGGUCGACCGAAAGACAAGAGUUUUGCUUAGGGAUUAUCUAAUAAGUGGCAGACCAAGAAACCCACAGAGCAGAAAGAAAUCUCCCUUUUGCUCGUGCGUUCAACUCCCGUCCAGAAGGCAGUGAGCAAUGGCAGAAGUAGAGUUAGUUUAAUGGGCGUAUUUAGCAGAGAAAGGCGUUAUCUUCUCUAGUGUAGGGAUCAUAUUGUAUAUCUCAGGCCAUAUCCUAGGAAGAGACACUAACUAGAGCUCCAUACGUUUCAGCGUUUUGUUACUUUAAGCUCUGUCAACUCUCUGAGAUCAUUAUCUUAUUUACUGUAGGGAUCAUAUUGUAUAUCUCAGGCCUUAUCCUAGGAAGAGACAAGUUAGAGCUCCUUUAUGUUUCACCGGCUUGUUCGUUUCAGCUCUAUGUCGACUUUCUGAAGUCUUGGGAAGAUAUAUGAAGAAAUAUGUCGAAGGUCAUCGCUGUUA